AUGAUUGCGAUCUCAAACGAGCUGGCUCAGAAAUCCGGGGCUUUCGUGACCACAGGAAUCAUCAAGGUUCCUCCGGGAUCAUCGACCAACGCAGUUGCUUCACAGGCAACGUUCACACUGGAUAUUCGCCACCCAGAUGAUAAGAUCAUCUCUAAGGUCCAAGAACAAUGUCUCGCCUACUUUCAGAAGAUCUCACGCGAGAAUGGUGUGGAGCUGAGCUGGAGCAUCGAUGUGGAUUCACCCGCCACCACUUUUGAUGAGGACUGCGUGUGGGCCGUCGAGACGGCGGCGAAUGGUAUCGUGGGCCACGACGGCUGGCUUCGCAUGACGAGCGGCGCAACGCACGAUAGUACGGCAUCAGUCAUCAUCCAGAAGAGUAUUGUAGUCCAGAGGACUGGGGCGCAGACGCUUCUCGAUUCGGUCAUCAUUUACGACAACAGGAGACUGGCAAAGCUUCCAUAG